AUGGCAUACGAAGUCCCGUUGCUGUGUCAGUUCGGCAAGUGUGUCGGAGUAGCAAAGUGCCACUCGCUCGACGAUGAUGUGGCCGUGCUGGAUGCAUGGCUAUUGGCUCUCGGGAUGGGAGGUGGGAGUGGCUCGGGGAGGGAUGGAGGAGAAGGAUUGAUUUGGGACGUCCUGGGCGAUGGCGAACUCACGUCAAUUGCCCGCCUUGCCUCUGACCACUUCCAGCGUCACGGCCGCCCGCUGCGCAUUGCCGUUGACGAGGCCGGCUGGCGCUUCUGCAACUUGAAUCCCCACCAAGUCAAAGCUAUCCGCCAGAAAGAGCCCGCAGCCAACCCUGUCGAGAAAGCCAUUCUGUACCGAAUCCUCAAGCUCUUGAGACUCAACAUCCAGCUCCUGUUCGUCUUUGACGGCCCGCGGAGACCAUGGAAGAAGGGCAAGACGGCUGGCAUGAUCAAAUACCAGGACAUCAAAACCUUGCGUCGCCUCCUUGACCUCCUCUGCGUCCCACAUCAUCGCGCCCCGGCCGAAGCAGAGGCCGAGUGCUGUCGACUGCAACAGGAGGGCAUUGUGGAUGCUGUGUGGUCCGAGGACAGCGACAGCCUGAUGUUCGGCUGCACCUUGCUCAUCCGCAACUUCCGUGACAAGGACAAGAAGAGCGACACCCAUGUCAGAGUCUAUCGCGCUCACGACCUGUGGGAAAAGAAGCAGCUGGAUCGCGAUGGCCUAGUCCUGAUCGCCAUGCUCGCUGGCGGCGACUAUGACCCGGUUGGCGUCAGGGGGUGCGGCGCUAAUAUGGCCUACAGAAUCGCAAAGCGCGGCUUGGGAACCGUCUUGUGCCAGACGCCAGACAGGGAAUUGCUGUACUUUCGGGACCAUUUGCACCCGCUCUUCCGUGGUAAGGACGUUGAGAUCCCCUACGACUGGCCGAAACCAAGACACUUGAACAACUACCGGAACCCAACCGUGUCCACUCGUGAAGAGCUGCACCAUCUGAACGCCCUCAGGAACGAUGGCUGGGACCGUGCAAUCGACCAGCCCAAGCUACGGACCUUCCUCCGCGAACAGUUCCAGAUCUGGACCAAGGGCUAUAUGAAGCACAUCGCCCCUGUUUUGCUCGUUCGAAAGUUGUGCAGAAACACGUUUGCUCGCGUUGAUGCGAAUCCCUACUCGGUCGAACUCGUUCGCUCGAGGAAGCAAGACUCUGCCAGCGAAGGCGAAGACACCAUGGUGAAGAAGGUCAAGUUCUUGCCCCACAAUCUGGUUGGCUUUGAUUUCGCCGUCGCACCGGAAGAAGAGGACUGGUCGAAGCUGGCAACGAAGUCUGACGGCGAUUUUGAUCCCGGAUCUAAAGUAGAUUGCGAGGUUUUGGAAGUUGUCCUUCGGCGCUCCCUGCCCGCGUCAGUCUUCGAAGCGCCUGCACCAGCGAGGUCUGCCUCAAAACGAAAGAAUGACAGCGCUGGUGCGGGACCUGCUGACGUUCCGAGCGGCCCAUCGCCUUCCAGGACGCAACAGGAGACCACACGAGAACCAAGAAAACGAGCAAAGACAAGAAGCACGAGCAGCCGUGCCACUGCAUCUACUGAAGUGGACGAGAUUGUUGAGAGGAUGAUGGGCGUACGUCGACGCACUGGGGCCAACAAUACCAGCCGCACUGUCAACCCAGAUUGCAGUGCCACUCCAAGCUCCAGUGCCAAUCCACGCUCCAGUGCCACUCCAAGCUCCAGUGCCAAUCCACGCUCCAGUGCCAACCCAAGCUCUAGUGCCAAUCCACGCUCCAGUGCCAACCCAAGCUCCAGUGCCAACCCAAGCCCUAGUGCCGGUGCGCGUCCGCGGCCUGUACUCCACACAUUGCCCGACCUACCGGAGCCUCCUAGAACGCGUGCUGAUGAUGAAGUUGUUGACCUCGGAUCUGAAAGCGAGGACGAGCUCCCUACUCCAUCCAGGAUCCUCACACCAACUAGAUCUCAGCCAUCCGUACCUGACCAACGACGAAAUGACCUAUCACAUGGUACAAAUAGGUCGGUUCCCGUGUCGGCUUGGUCUGAUGAGGAUAUCCGGCGGAUGCACGAGUUGCAAACCAAGUAUGGCGUGCAAUUGGUGGCGGCGCCGGCAGGCAACGCUCCAAGCCAAGAGCCUAUUCCAUCAUCAACGCAGCCGCCGAGCUCAGGUCGCGCAUCUACACCUCAGCAGCAGGUUGGGGCCGCGCCACUUUCUGCACGAGACGCAGCGCGUGCUCAUUGGUCGCACCUCAAUGCAAAGCCGACCAGCCGUAAUGGCCAGACGCAGGAGCCGUCAAGUACGGGCACAUCUCAAAUCCAAACCCCCGCAGCAAAGGCCGCUGUAUGCAUCGACUUGACCAUCGACUAA